CAUAUAAAACGCAUCUCCGCCAGCGUCGGCGAUCAGAGUAACCCAGAACAGGAGGCACCAACAGCUAUUCAUCACCGGAAGCAGAUCCAUUCAUCACCAGACGGCUAAGGCUCCUUUCCGACAUCGACAUCGAGCUCUGCUGCAUACUUGUGUCUUUCUUAACGGUCUUGUAAAAUUUCAACACGCAGCAUGGAAGGAGAAUUACCCAACAUAAAGAAGUGGAUUGUUUUGUACCCUGUUUACAUAAAUUCAAAAAAGACAGUAGCCGAAGGAAGGAGAAUUGGCCUGAGCAAGGCAUGUGAAAAUCCUACUUCUGCUGAAAUUGGUGAUUGCUGCGGCUAUCUUAAACUUCCCUUUGCAAUUGAGAUAGACAAGGCAUACCCACGAGAUUUUAUGCAACGAGGUAGAGUGCGGGUAUUGCUGAAAAAGGAGGAUGGCACGCUAUAUAAUCCUUCCAUUACAUCCAGAAAAGGCCUGAUGCUUCGUGUUGCUGAGAUGGUGCCCAGACACCAUGCAAGGGUAAAGAAGCAGGAGCCUGCAUCAACAUCAGCUGGACCCUCCAACAAAUCUGGGAAAGGUGGAAAGAAGAAGAGAUGAAAGCCUGUUUAAAUCUAUAACAUGCUGAUGUCAGGUUAUCUUUUGCUGAGUUGAGUUUUUCCAUUCCAAUUUAUUUUUUAAGUUAUUGCGUCGAGUGUAAGCCAUCUAGCUUCUACAUCUUGUUUAUAAAACAUUUUCUCAGAGAAUGUAGUCACUUAGGUUCUUCCGAAUUCGCAAGAAUUUCCAUGUAGAUUUGUCCAAGAGUAGAAACAUCAAACAGGAUUAAAGCGGGUUUAUGGCUACUGGAUAGAAAAGCUUUAGAAAAGUGAGUUUUCAUGAAUA